AUGAUGUCGUCCGCGAAUUUUACCAUCCUCGGGGACCGUCCGGCGAUACACUUGGACAGUGUCGGUUUUGUCGCGGGACCCGAUAUUGGUCAGCACUUCCCAUUGAGUUCUGGGAAGAUUCAGCAUUUCGAGGUACGAUCAGUAGAUCCAAUCAGUCCGGUGCCCCUGUCACGCACGCCGAGGAUCAUGGGUGGAGCGUCUCCCAAUAUGACGUUGGAGGAGCCAGAUUCUUCCAUCUUGCCUCACAUCCUGCUAUGGACAUGCCAGAUCUCCGCGCUGGCGAGUAGCCCAUUCCGCGGGCGGCGAACGAUCUUCAGCUUUCUCAUCAUCGCAUUGGCCAUACAUUGCAAUUUCCACCCAUACUUCACCAAAGAUUUCGGGUUGGCCCAACCAUUUUCGAUUUCUUGGUCAUUUCAUCUAGCCACGCUCGCGAAACUACUUUUCUCGCCAUCUGACGGGCCCGAGGACCAAUUCUGGCGGAUCGAUAAGCCGGCACGCGAAGCACGAUCCUACGCUGCGUUCGGAAUUAGAAAGCUUCGCUGGACCGCGGCCCUCAUAUUCAAUCAGCGUGGCAUCCGCUGGAGCCACCAGGUCAAGAACAUCCCGCAGUCUCCAAGCACGUCCAGGCACCUGUUCUUGGGGAAGCGCCUCCUGGAGUUCAUCGGCUGCUUCUUCAUUGCGGAUCUUUGCUACGAGCUCCAUCGCAGGUUCAAUUUCACCAGUCCGAACGACGACGUUGGGUGGACUGACAGCAAACACUUGACGCUGCGCCAUCCCGAUGUGACUUUGAGACUCGCGAAGUCGGCCUCUUUCGCGGCUUUGCCUUACUUCAUGCUGAGCAUGCAGUACGCACAAGGGGCAUUUCUGGCGGUCUUGCUCGGACUGAGCAAACCAGAGGUCAGGAUAAACAAUCUUACAAAGCCUUGCUUGUUCAUUUGCUCACUGCUUGACCAGGAUUGGCCUCCCAUGUUCGGAUCGUUCGAGCAUCUCAGAACGGUGCGCUCUUUCUGGGGUUCAUUUUGGCAUCAACAACUUCGGCAUAUGCUCACAUCAUACACUGAUGCCUUCACAGCCGCCCUUGGCAUCCCCCGCGGCUGCAACCUCUCAUCUUACACGAAACUUUACCUAGCCUUCAGUAUCUCCGGCAUCUUCCAUGCUCUGGGCCAACUCUGCCUUCCACGUCCGUCCAACAUCACAGCGGCGGAAAGCUCUCUCGGGUUCCUGUAUUUCUUCGUCUGGCAGGCCGCGGCCAUCACCCUAGAAGACGUUGCAAUAUGGGCCGCACGAAAGUCCAUUGGUGGGCCCCUCGGUGUGAGGGUCCAACGAGUUGCUAACGUGAUUGGCUACAUUUGGGUCUUGAUGUCGAUGUGGUGCAGCAUACCUCUCGUGGGGGACAUGGUCUUGAGGCUUCGGGUUGGAACAGCGCGGUUUUCACCAUUUCCACUUACAAGGCCGAUCAUAGGGGCCCUGAUACCGAUCCCUGUAUAA